CGCUCCCGACGCCCAACGGACGCGAGCAGAGGCUUCCUCCACAUCCAGAGCAAGAACCAGGAAGUGAAAGUAUACACAUGGAGGGUGUGUCUUCCCCUGCCAGUUUAUGUUUUAUUUUUAAAAACACAGUCCUCCUCGGAUAACUAAAUGGGGGACUCUGCGAGGACCAAGCGGCGGGAGCAGCUGAAGCGCUGGGCCGGCUCCUGCACCGACAAAGCGUCGGCCGUGCCCAGGCGGAGGUGGCGGGGCGAUGCCGAGGACGGUGCUGGGGAGCCGGAGGCCGAGCUGAGCGACCCCCCACGGGAGCAGCCAGUGUCUGUGGGCACGGAUGAAGUCAGCCCCCUCCUCAAACGACGGAAAAGCGUGAGGUUCGACAGGGCCGCAGAGUUCCUGGCUGCUUGUGCCAGUGGGGACACGGAGGAGGCCCAGGUGAUGCUGAUGGAGGCGGAAGACACCAAAACGACGGACAGGGAAGAUGUGGUAGAAAUCAUCAACUGCUCUAACGCUGAUGGAAUCACAGCUCUACACCAGGCCUGCAUAGAUGGCAGCAUGGAGAUCGUGACCUUCCUUUUGGAGCGCGGUGCCAACGUGAACCAGGUUGACAGCGAGGGAUGGACACCGCUGCAUGUCGCCGCCUCCUGCGGCUAUUCUGACAUUGCAGAAUUCCUUUUGCAGCAGGGCGCAUCUCUCUCUGCAGUGAACUGUGAUGGUGACGUUCCUCUGGACAUCGCUUUGGAGGAGACCACCGAUUCUCUUCUUCAGGGCUACACUCUGAGACAGGGUGUGGACUUGGAGGCAGCUAAGCGGCUGGAGGAGGAACAAAUCAUGAGAGACGCCCGGACAUGGCUAACUGAGGGCCCACCUCCCGAUGUGCGACACCCCAAGACUGGGGCCACCCCGCUGCAUGUGGCUGCAGCCAAAGGCUACCUGGAGGCCCUCAAGAUACUGUGUCAGUGUGGGCUGGAUGUGUCCGCUAUGGACUUUGACGGCUGGACACCUCUCCAUGCCGCAGCACACUGGGGUCAGGGGGAGGCCUGUUACAUUCUGGCUGAACAACUGUGCAAUAUGGAAUCCCGCAGCAACGCGGGCCAGACGCCAUUUGAUGUUGCGGAUGAAAGUGUUGAGGAGCUGCUGGAGGAGCUAUCACAGAAACAAGCCAAUUGGCGUAAUGAACAGUCCAUACUGGACCGGCAAAACCAACCAGGCCCCACUGCUGCAAACGCACAAAACAGACGGCGAAGGAGCUCAGUGUGCAGGAUGAGCAGUAAAGACAAGAUGAACGUGCAGGACCAGUCAAAAGAGAGGGGCGUCUCUGGAGACCUGGAGCUGAGCGAGGAGAAAGAGAGCAGCCCCGAAAGCUCAACUGUGUCUAGUCCAGACACGGAGAGUGUGGCCACAUCUACAGUCAGCCCUGCUGAUAAGACGCUGGAGGAGAAAGACGAGGAGGAGAAGGAGCAGGACAAGGCGAACCGCACUGCUAGAGUCCAGCCCACUCCUCAGACGAGGGACCCUGAGAGUCCCAACACCCCCAACGCUGACAGACGCAAGUUCCAGGCUCCAGUAAGAGACGAAGAGUCUGAAUCUCAGAGGAAAGCUCGCUCUCGACUGAUGCGCCAGUCCCGCCGCUCCACACAGGGUGUGACUCUAACAGACCUGAAAGAAGCAGAGAAGACUGUGGCGAAAGCUGCAGAUCCACCACCUCGCAACAUCCAGCCCGUCAGUCCCAUCGUCACCAUCACGCCUGAUGAAAGGGACACAGACCCGGUGAGGCAGGCGGAGCAGGAGGGAGAGAGACGUCUGGCAGUAAAGGACCGGAGGAGAGGGAGGAAGGAGAGACGCUCCACUGGCAUCGUUCAGCCAGGAGGAGAGAAUGAAGACGAGGAUGGUCAUCUGGAUGAUGCAAACAGUAUUAGCACUUCCAACGAGAGUCAACAGGAAGACUUCUCAGCUGAUUACAGGACGCUGUACUUAAAGGUACUGCAGGAAAACCUGGCUCUGAAGGACAAGCUGCAGGAGAUGGAGCUGCUGCUCAGCCAAAACAAAGUGGAGCUGGAGAGACUACGACAGGUUCGGCAGAGCCAAGAGAACAGCACAGACAGACCGGCCCUGCUGGAGCUCGAGAGAUUUGAGAAGUUGGCCCUCCAGAGGAAGGCAGUGGAACUGGAGGACGAGCUGAAGGUUCUGGGGGACCUCAGAGCAGACAACCAGAGGCUCAAGGACGAGAACGCCGCCCUCAUUCGAGUCAUCAGCAAACUCUCAAGAUGAACCUGAAAGAAAAGAAGAAAAACCCCUACAUGGAGAUGAAAAGUAUUACAGGAUUUAUUUUUUAUCCAACUCAGAAGACAGAGCCCAGGAAGACAGACGCAGUAUAUCGAACACCCGUAGAGCACAUUUAACAUUAACCGGAAGAACGUUUAGAUUUCAGGGUCAUUAGCUCGUGUUUGGGCCUUUAUGAUUUGGCAGAUCUACUGUAUGACGAGCUGAACUGCACCUCCUGUGGACUGGCGGGGCAUCCCUGUUCACAUCAGCUUUUAUAUUGCGUUUUUAUUGUUGUAUUUUUUUAAACUGGAAUAUUUUAUGUGCUUUGCUUCAGCGACACUUUGUAUAAAAUCUGUAUUAAGAGACUUAAAGCCAUGCACAGUGUGAGUUCAGAGUAAUGUGUUAGAUAGAUUAAUGAAUGCCAGUCAUGUAGUUAUUUUUUUGGGCGGAAAAAAGACAAACAAAAACAACUUUCAUGUGCCAAAAACCCAGCCCCAGUUUUGUGUUUCCUUUUGGGGAAGACUCCAUAUGGUCAGUGACGUUCCUCAGGAGGAGUCCUGGGUCGAUGCUCUGUUCUAGCUGACUGCUGUAAAGGUGGACCAAAAUUUGCAUGCUCAUUCCUCCCCCUGCUCCUCUGAAUGUAUAUUUAAGAUGUAUAUUUAUGUACAGGGGCCAUCUGUCCUGACAGUGACGUAGAGGCGACGUCGUACAAAGGACGGAGAGAGUUUCGGGUGCUAGCCGUAGAUGUCGGACGCAGCUCGUGUACAUGGGCAUUCUCGCAGAAACCGCUUGUUACAGACGUCGCACCUUUCAAGACGUUGUGGGGAACGCACGCUCUGUUCUUUGUACUGUACGUUGGUAGUAAUUUCACUUUUGGCAUUUUUGAGUGGAUGCUUCUGAAAAAGCGACGACCCUAAGUUAAGUAUUUGCCCUGUGACGGACGGCUGUUAUUGUCGAACAGACAGGCCAGAUGGGUCAACCUUUGAAUGUUUACCCCGGUUUUAAAUAAAAAAACAAACACAUUUGCAUGUCAAAUUGUAUUUUGAUGCUGUGCCUUUCGAUAUGCAUUUGUAAGUAAUAUUUCUAUUUUGCUUUGGUAAACGUACAUCGUUAAGUAUAAAACAGUUUGGGCAAAAAAUGA